AUGGUGACUAUAGUUAUUGCAGCAGCUAUAAUUGGUGCUAUUCUUGGAAUAAGAUCUGCUGAGAAAAAAGACAUUUGUCGCGAUCCUUAUGGGCCUGCUAAAAGCUAUCAAACAGGUAGCGCUCCCGUUUCUGUAGCAGUGGGCCAUCUGAGAAAUGAUAACGAAAUAUAUAUUAUUGUGGCCAAUGAACAAGAUGGUAACAUUGGUGUACUUCUUAACGAGGGAAGCGGUACGUUUCAAAUUGAAGUCAAAUAUCCAACUGGUCCUUUACCUAGGUGUGUUAUAACUGGUGAUUUUAACGGCGACGGAAUAGUGGACCUUGUAGUGGCUAAUCAGGCAGCAGAUACCAUCACUCUGUUGCUUGGUAAUGGUGACGGAACUUUUCAAACUGAAAUUAACUAUCGAGUUGGUAACCGACCUUAUGCUAUAGCAGUAGCUGAUUACAACAACGACAACAAAAGUGAUGUUGCAGUAAUUAACUCGGCAGAAGACUCCAUCAGUAUACUACUUGGUAAUGGCGAUGGAACCUUUCGAACUCAGAUAAAGUAUGCAACUGGCAGCAUUCCAAUAGCUGUCAUUUCAGCUGAUUUCAACAAUGAUAAUAAAAUGGAUGUCGCAGUAGCCAACACUGGUGCUAGCACAGUAAGCGUGUUGCUAGGUCAUGGAAAUGGAACUUUUGACAAUCAACAGCUUUACCAAUGUGGUGCCAAUCCAUAUAGCCUAAUAGCGGGUGACUUCAAUAAUGACAAUAAAUUAGAUCUGGCGGUAGUGGUCUCAAAAGAUAACACUGCUAGCUUGUUAUUGGGUAACGCAGAUGGUACAUUUCAGGCUCCCAAAAGCUAUCCUGUUGGUGGUGGUCCAACCUAUGUUGCAGCUGGUGAUUUCAACAAUGAUACUAUUUUGGAUAUGGCUGUGUCCAACUACCUAGAAAAUACUAUCAGCGUCCUACUGGGUAAUGGAAAUGGAACCUUUCAGCCUCAAACUAGGUAUGUCAUUGGUAGUACACCAAUGGCUAUGAUAUCAGCUGAUUUCAACAAUGAUAGCAUAUUGGAUCUAGUGGGAGCUAAUACAGGCGAGACCACUGUUAGUGUGUUACUUGGAAAUGGAAAUGGAUCCUUUCAAACACAAGUUAAAUAUGCCACUGGAAAUGGUCCAACUUCUUUGAUUUCAGGUGACUUUAAUAAAGAUAAACAAACAGAUCUGGCAGUGGCUAAUGCAUACGAAUAUACUGUCACAGUGCUCCUUGGUCAGUCUGAUGGAGCCUUGCACACCCAGACUCAAUUCGCGACUGGCACAAGACCAUCUUCUGUUACAUUAAAUUAUUUUAAUAGUGAUAGAAUUGUCGAUGUAGUUGUUGCUAAUCAAGAUGACAACACUAUCAGUCUACUACUUGGUAAAGGAAAUGGAAUGUUUGAAACACAAAUUAAGUAUCCAACUGGCAAGAAUCCAUCUUGUGUCAUAUCAGUUGAUUUGAAUCAUGAUCAUAGUUUAGACGUGAUAGUGACUAACUUCGGUGACAAUACUAUUAGUGUGUUACUUGGUAAUGGGAAUGCAACUUUUCAGACUGCAAAAAGCUAUUCUGUUGGUAAUAAUCCUAUAUACAUCGUAUGUGAAGAUUUCAAUAUUGAUAGCAUAAUGGACCUAGCAGUAGUAAACUUUGGGGAAGAUACAGUAAGCUUAAUAUUGGGUACUCGAAAUGGAACCUUUAUAACGCAAGCGAAGUAUAAGACUGGUAGUAGUCCAUAUUCUAUAGCUUUAGGUGAUUUCAACGGUGAUUAUAAGCAAGAUCUGGUAGUGGCUAACUCUGGUGAAAACACAAUCAGUGUGUUCUUUUCAAAUACAGAUGGAACUUUUGGAAACUCAGUUACUUAUAUCGUUGGUAUCAGUCCAGUUUCUGUGAUAUCUGGUGACUUCAAUAACGAUAAAAAGCAGGACAUAGUAGCAGUCAACUACUUGGACGACACUGUGAGCGUGCUAUUGAAUAAUGGAAAUAGCAGCUUUUACACUCCUAUGAUAUAUAAAGUUGGCAGUAGUCCAUCAUGUGUCAUCUCAGGUGACUUUAAUGAAGAUGGCAAAGUAGAUUUGGCAGUGGCUAAUAAAUACUCUAACGAUUUGACGAUUUUACUAAACCAGUGCGUGUAACUACUUAUCGAUGCUACUAUUUAUGAACAUGUAAACUGAUUGUAGUUAUGUGACUAAGAACAAUGAUGAACUCUAUUAGAAUAAUAUUGUUAUUACUUUCUUUUUAAACAUAUUAUGCUGCGAAAUUGUUUCUUUUUGAAAUCUGUGUAAAACAAUUACAGAUUUUCUUUAACUAAUUUACUCUUUAUUAUUCUCUGUAUCUCAGGUUUGUGUUCAGUGUACAACCAUACCUCGGAGCCAUUGUACGAGAGUCAUGACCGAAAUCCAAUAUAACUGAUCUAUCAAUAAUCUCAGAUUUAGACGAAAACUAUCUCAUCCUGUAGAGAAAAUCGGUUUAUGUAUAUAACCUAGUUUUCAGAGCUGAAGAAUGGGUUUGGACUAAUUUUUAAAACUUUAUUUAUAAUAAAAGUAAGUAUUCUUUUGUAAUCAAAUAUAAAAAUAAAAGCGUGUAUUAGAUGAUUUACACUACUUGACAAAAGUACCCCCCUUGGAUCUCAGCCACUACAAGAGCUGUCGCUCUAAAAACUUGCAUAUAUAUAGUUCUCAAUCAAUGCAGGUCAGUGGCGAAACCCGCACCCCUAUAGCUUGAGUCAGAAGAACGUUAUAAUGCAUGGGGUUGAAUUCCAUUGUGAACUUCAUAACUCCUGAACAAUGAAAUCUUGCGAGGUGGGAAAUCCGUCAUUUUGUAGCG